AUGAUAGUGAAACCAGCGAAUUUAAUUGCCAUUCAACAUGAUAGAAUUCACGAUGAACUCUCUUCGAAUGAUAUUUGUACCAUGUUUAAUCAAUUCUUAAUUGAAUUCGAGCGAAUGGAAAAGAGUGGUCAUGCAACAACGAAAUUAUUUCUCGAUGCUGUAGAAGACAUCAUCGAUGCCGUUCUAUCGAUUUUACCAUACAAAUUACUCGAUCCCAAAGUUCUCAAUCAUCCGUUGAUGCACUUUAUUCAGCAACUGCUUAUAACCAUACUGGAUAAUUGGUGCAUGUCACAAUUACGAAUCAAUAUUCAAGAAACGGAUAUUUUAUUGAAGAUCGUCCUUACGUUUGUCCAUGCAGCUGAACAAGCAUUUAUGCCGAAUGUAAAUGAAAAUGAGAAAACGAAAAAAGACCUACUAACGACGAAACAAUUACUCUUCAAAGUUCGGGAACAAAUCGAUGGAAUCGUAUUGAAUAAACAAGAUUCAGACGAAGAUCCGAACGUAUGGGCAGUAGGUUUACUUACUAUCAAGUUACUACAAGGUUCGCCAUUCUAUUAUAAUUUAGGCAAAAAUCAAAGAUUAAUCAAUGAUCUAAUCAUGAAUAGUCUUGAUUCAUACGAUUAUAGACAAAUUGUGCUUCGAUUACAACAUGGUCAAGCGUUGACCGAUGUGGAUUAUUUUUUGUUUCUUACAUGUUGGCAGUAUUUAUCUUCCAGAUCUUUAACUAAAGAAAAUUAUUCGAUUUCAAUACAUGAAAUUGACCUCGUGUACUAUCUGGUCGAUGAACUUAUAACACGAUUAGAAUAUGCCAUUGAUGAAUUAAUUUCUAUUGCGCCACCAUCACUUACAUAUAUCUUCGAACGAUGCCAUCAACUUCUCACUAUUCAUAAUCUCGCCUCCUUCGACAAACAUGCCAACUACAUUGUCGAUCGCCUCAUCAUCAUCUUGAAAACUCAACUCACAACGGAUCCACAAGAUCAACCAUUGGUUCUCGUCACACUGCAAGCACUUCAUGAUCUUUCCAAAACUCCUGACAUUCGUGCCAUCAUCAAGAAACGUGAACUGACUUCGACCAUCAAGGCAUUUGCAUCGACAGAGAACAGCGAGCAACGCAAAGUAGCGUUUGGAAUUCUUGCUGAGAUCAUGGACGAAAAAGAGAUCAACGAGAAUCCGAGUGAAAUGACUGCAAUCUUCGUUGAUCAACUGAAACAAUUAAAUAUACAAGAAUACAAUCCAAAUCUCGAUAAUACGUUGUCGACUCUGAAAGUAUUGAUACAGCACGAGGAAGUGAAGAAAGAAAUUAUCAAACAAGGUGGCUUAGACAAAAUUGUUUCGUUUCUGGUUGAUGGCGAUGAAGAGAAGCAAACUGAUAAUCAACUAGAAAAUGCUCUCAAAGUGCUUUGGAUGUCCACAUUUGAUAAUCCGGAUAUUGUCAAGUCUUUUCAGCAAGAUACCAAACUCACUACCAGAGUUCACGAUAUACUUCAGCAUGCGAAACAACACAAGAAUCCCACCCUCGAAAAAGCAGCCGAUGGUUUCAUUUGGAAAGUGGAAAAAGAAGAAAAGUUCAAAGAACAACAACAAGCUGAGCAAGAGAGAAAGAAACAGGAGAAAAAGAAGAGAGCACAGGAGAAUGGAACGAGCGAAAUGGCAGAAGAGGAAGAAGAAGAAGAGGAGGAACAGUAUGAUCUGAUGAUCUCAUACUCGUGGGCAGAUAUGGAUCUAGCUCACCGAAUCUUUCAUCAUUUGACUGAGAAGCUGGGUUAUAAAGUGUGGCUUGAUCAAGAACAGAUGCAUGGAUCGACGAUCGAAGCCAUGGCGAAUGCAGUGGAUGGUGCUCAGUUCAUUCUGAUGUGUAUGUCGGAAACAUACAAGCGAAGUGCAAACUGUAAAUCGGAAGCAGAGUAUGCAUUCAAUCGAAAGAAGCACAUCGUUCCAAUAAAGAUGAAGAAAGAGUACACACCGGAUGGCUGGCUGGGUUUCAUUCUGGGGACUCGAAUGUACAUAGAUUUUGGUGAACACGAGUUCGAGAAAGCCACAGAGCUGUUACAUAAUGAGAUACAGUUGCAGAAGAAGACAAAAAAGGAAGCAACACAAGAUACUAAAACGAACGUGGUAGUUAACACUGUUGAUGAGAAAACGAAGUUUAUGGAAGAAGAAUUUCAAAGUCAUCAGAAUGAAACCACAGAACCGUUAGAUACGAAAAAUAUUUCAAACUGGACUACAACUGAUGUUCGAACUUUUCUUAUACAAACAGAAUUAUCGGAUGUAUUGCCGCUUUUUGGUGCUAUUAAUGGGCGAGAAUUAGUUGAAUUAUAUGCAAUGUGUAAGCUCGAUUCUGUAUCAAUGUAUCGUUCGUUAAAAUCCGAACUGUUAAGGUUACACGAUAAAGUUUUGACAAUUGCCACGUACCUACACUUUAUCGAUCGUUUACGUACUAUUUGUGAUAACGGUCUACCUUUAGAUACAUUCGCAUGUGAUAGACAGGUAGCAGAAUGUUUAGAUGACGCUGAUUAG